GCGAGCCUGGUGCGUUGACUGCCAGCCUGCCGGCAAGUAGACACGGGCCGUGGGUGGGGGAGGCGGCUAGCUCAGUGGCCUUGGGCCUCGUGGCCCGGUGGCGGCGGAGCCAUGGUCUCUAAGCUGAGCCAGCUGCAGACGGAGCUCCUGGCUGCCCUCCUCGAGUCUGGCCUGAGCAAGGAGGCUCUGAUCCAGGCUUUGGGGGAGCCGGGGCCCUUCCUGAUGGUUGGAGGUGGUCCCCUGGACAAGGGGGAGCCCUGCGGUGGGAGUCGAGGGGACCUGGCCGAGCUGCCCAAUGGCCUGGGGGACACGCGGGGCUCCGAAGAGGACACAGAUGACGAUGGGGACGACUUCGCGCCACCCAUUCUGAAAGAGCUGGAGAACCUCAGCCCAGAGGAGGCCGCCCACCAGAAAGCCGUGGUGGAGACACUUCUGCAGGAGGACCCAUGGCGCGUGGCAAAGAUGGUCAAGUCCUACCUGCAACAGCACAACAUCCCGCAGCGGGAGGUGGUGGACACCACGGGCCUCAACCAGUCCCACCUGUCCCAGCACCUCAACAAGGGCACCCCCAUGAAGACGCAGAAGCGGGCCGCUCUGUACACCUGGUACGUCCGCAAGCAGCGAGAGGUGGCUCAGCAAUUCACCCACGCAGGCCAGGGUGGACUGAUUGAGGAGCCCACAGGUGAUGAGCUGCCAACCAAAAAGGGACGGAGGAACCGGUUCAAGUGGGGCCCGGCGUCCCAGCAGAUCCUGUUCCAGGCCUACGAGAGGCAGAAGAACCCCAGCAAGGAAGAACGGGAGACCCUGGUGGAGGAGUGCAACAGGGCAGAGUGCAUCCAGAGGGGCGUGUCACCAUCGCAGGCACAGGGGCUGGGCUCCAACCUUGUCACAGAGGUGCGUGUCUACAACUGGUUUGCCAACCGGCGCAAGGAGGAAGCCUUUCGGCACAAGUUGGCCAUGGACACAUACAACGGGCCUCCACCAGGGCCAGGCCCAGGCCCUGCGCUGCCUGCUCACAGCUCCCCCGGCCUGCCCACACCCACCCUCUCCCCCAGUAAGGUCCAUGGUGUGCGUUACGGGCAGUCUGCAACCAGCGAGGCGGCUGAGGUGUCCUCCAGCAGCGGCGGCCCCCUGGUGACGGUGUCUGCGGCAUUACACCAGGUGUCCCCCACGGGCCUGGAGCCCAGCAGCAGCCUGCUGAGCACAGAGGCCAAGCUGGUCUCAGCCACCGGGGGUCCCCUGCCUCCGGUCAGCACCCUGACAGCGCUGCACAGCUUGGAGCAGACAUCUCCAGGUCUCAACCAGCAGCCGCAGAACCUCAUCAUGGCCUCGCUGCCUGGGGUCAUGACCAUUGGGCCUGGAGAGCCCGCCUCCCUGGGCCCCACGUUCACUAACACAGGCGCCUCCACCCUGGUCAUUGGUCUGGCGUCCACUCAGGCACAGAGUGUGCCGGUCAUCAACAGCAUGGGCAGCAGCCUGACCACCCUGCAGCCAGUCCAGUUCUCCCAGCCACUGCACCCCUCCUACCAGCAGCCUCUCAUGCCCCCCGUGCAGAGCCACGUGGCCCAGAGCCCCUUCAUGGCCACCAUGGCCCAGCUGCAGAGCCCGCACGCGCUGUACAGCCACAAGCCGGAGGUGGCCCAGUACACGCACACAAGCCUGCUUCCACAGACGAUGCUGAUCACAGACACCAACCUCAGCACCCUCGCGAGCCUCACACCCACCAAGCAGGUCUUCACCUCUGACACGGAGGCCUCCAGUGAGCCUGGGCUUCAUGAGCCCUCGUCUCCAGCCACCACCAUCCACAUCCCCAGCCAGGACCCAUCGAGCAUCCAGCACCUGCAGCCUACCCACCGGCUCAGCACCAGCCCCACAGUGUCCUCCAGCAGCCUGGUCCUGUACCAGAGCUCCGACUCCACUAAUGGGCACAGCCACCUGCUGCCGUCCAACCAUGGUGUCAUCGAGACUUUUAUCUCCACCCAGAUGGCCUCUUCCUCUCAGUAACCAUGGUGACUGCCUCCCAGGAGCUGGGUCCCCAGAGGAAGCACUGCCUGCACGGGGGGGAGGAGGGCCACAGCCAUGCUGCCUGGAGGACAUCUGAGCCUGGAGGACAUCUGAGCCUGCCAUGUAUCCCCUGACACGGGCUGCUGGCCUUCCCAGAAGUCUAUGCCUUCACCCCUGGGCUGCUCCUCCAGUUCCAGGGACAGCCCUGAGGCGUUUCAGCCUGAAAAGGAAGCCACAAAGAGCUGGAGGAGAGCCCGGUCAGGGCAGUAUUUUGGAAGACUCUCUGCUGCUUUGAAUCGAAAACUUGACACUUGGAACAGAAGGGGGAGACCUGUGAUGCCGGCACCCUCCAGUAGAGCCUGUGACCCCAAAGGAUCUCUCUGUGCUCAGCUCUGAGGCUCUAGAUUGACUCGGCUGCCUUUUGUCUCCUGUGCAUCACAGGUCAUCCCACCUGGGCCAUCUCCUUCCAGCCAGAGAUCCACAUGUCUGUUUGUGGCUUUCCCUCCUUACCACAAAGGGGCGUUUCCCAAGUGCCUGUUCUUCGAGGCUUGGGAGCUGAGGGGAGCCAUGCAGGGCUCUCCUAGGCUUUCCCUGAGCUAGCCCUCUCCAGCCCCUGGAUCUCAUUUGCAGGCUAUUUGCUCCCAUGACUGUGUCUUCUGAUGCCAGAUUGGUCACUUGCCUCCACUAGAAAGGCCACUUCAGGGCUAAGGUCACACACACCCUAAGGAACAUUAGGGUGAGUGACUCAUGCCAAAGCUAUGUCAUGGGCCAUCAGCUCCUCUUUAGGGAGGAGCUUUAGGGCCCUGACAAGCCUUCCUUCCUUUUGUGAGGGAAACCAGCAGAACUCAGAAAGCAAGGUCUGGGCAAUGUCUAGUGGAGAGGAUGCUGCAGAAACGAGCCACCUACCUGGCCUGUGGCUGGCAGCCACUCUGAGGAAUCCAAGGUGCAGCUGUGAGAAGCAGAGCGCACGUGACUUCAUCUCCUUGUGCCUUCUGCAGAGAACCAGGCCCUCAGUAGGCUCCUUGUCAGGGACUAAGGCCUGGAGCCAGUGUUCCCUGCAGCUUACACCCAGCUAUGGGUGAGAAUAUACAUUUAUUUAACUUUUAGUAAAGCCAGUAAAAAGCG